AUGGUCGUCGUUGACCACCACGAGUACCUCUGCGAGGAAGAAAAACGCCUGAAAGAAGACCGGGAACGCAAGAAAUACUGGAAGAAAUGGGGUCCCUACGUUGCUGAAAGGCAAUGGGCAACAGUCCGGGAGGAUUACUCCGACAAUGGCGAUGCCUGGAGUCAUUUCUCGCACGACCAGGCGAGGUCCAGAGCUUAUCGUUGGGGCGAAGACGGUAUCGCUGGGGUCUCGGACACCCAUGGCCUCCAGAACGUGGCAUUUGCUUUUUGGAACGAGAAGGACGACUUCUUGAAGGAAAGACUCUUUGGUCUAAGCAAUCCCCAGGGAAAUCAUGGCGAAAGCAUCAAGGAGGCGCACUUCCAUCUAGACAACACUCCCACACAUUCGUAUAUGAAAUAUCUCUACAAGCUCCCUCAGAGACGAUUCCCUUACGAGCAACUGAUCCAAGAAAACGCUAAGCGGGGCAAACAUGAGCGCGAGUUCAACAUCAUUGACUCCGAUGCUUUCAAGGGCAAUCGCUAUUUUGACAUUUUCAUCGAAACCGCAAAAGAGACGGACGAUCCAGAAGAACUGUUGUUUCGCGUGACGGCUUACAAUCGUGGCCUAGAGCCUGCUCCUUUGCAUAUCAUCCCUCAUAUGUGGUUCAGAAACACCUGGACGUGGGGUCAUGAAGCCGAGAAGCUGAAACCCAACAUUCGCAUGGUCGGCCCCAUGACCGCUCAGUCAAAGCACUACAAACUGGGCACUCGUUUCUUUCAACUGUCUCCAUCUCCAGGCUGCGGUCCGGACGCCGACGACGUCCAUCCACAGCUCAUGUUCACGGAAAAUGACACCAACCAUGAGAAGCUCUAUGGAGUAAAAAACAAGCAACCAUACGUCAAGGAUGCGUUUCACCGAUGGAUUGUUGACGAAGAGAAAGGUGCUAUUAAUCCUCGCUGUUCCGGGACAAAAUGUGCGGCCUGGUUCGACUUUGGCCAAGGCGACGGCGUUCCUCCGGGAGAAUGUGCAGUGGUCAGAUUCCGUCUGUCACGCAAAUAUGACGGGUACCUCAAUGAAGAGCUUCUGGAUGAUAUCGUAGAGCAGAGGCGCCAGGAAGCUGAUGAGUUCUAUUAUCGCAUCAGCCCUCUUCCCAUGGCUGACGAUCUGAGGAAUAUCCAGCGUCAAGCAUUUUCAGGCAUGCUGUGGUGCAAACAGCAUUAUUAUUUCAUCUGGGAUCAAUGGGCCAACGGCGACCCAACGAUGCCGCCUCCCCCGCCCAACCGCAAAUCUGUCCGAAAUCUCCAUUGGAAACACAUGUACCUGGACGACAUCCUGUCGAUGCCCGACUCCUGGGAGUAUCCGUUCUUCGCAGCGUGGGACUCGGCGUUUCAUUGUAUUCCACUGGCAAUGGUCGACCCGGAGUUUGCGAAGAAACAGCUUGAUUUAUUCACACGAGAAUGGUACAUGCACCCCAAUGGACAACUACCGGCUUAUGAAUGGAAUUUUGGCGAUGUCAAUCCUCCGGUGCACGCCUGGGCUGUCUUCAGGACAUUUAAAAUCGAGCGGAAGAUGUAUGGUCGACAAGAUCUCGACUUCCUCGAACGUGUCUUUCAGAAACUUCUCCUCAACUUCACCUGGUGGGUGAAUCGCAAAGACUUUGACGGCAAAAAUGUCUUUGAGGGCGGUUUUCUCGGACUGGACAACAUUGGUUUGUUCAACCGUUCCGAGCCAUUGCCGACCGGGGGUGUGCUGGAACAAGCUGACAGUACUGGAUGGAUGGCAUUCUACUGCCUCUGCAUGCUGAACAUCUCGCUUGAACUUGCCAAACAUCGGCGAACAUACGAAGACAUUGCCUCCAAAUUUUUUGAGCAUUUCAUCUUGAUCUCAGAUGCCAUGACAUUCCGCGCCGGUGGCGCCGAGAAGAGUCUGUGGAAUGAUGAAGAUGGAUUCUACUACGACGCAAUCUCUUGGGGAGGGCCAUGGACGCAGCAAAUGCCUGUCCGUUCGCUUGUUGGUCUCAUUCCUCUGUAUGCGGUGCUUACCCUGGAACCGGAACUGAUCAACAAGUUCCCCAACUUCAAGCGAAGAAUGGAUUGGUUUAUUGAAAACCGUCAUGACGUUGCAGAACGCAAUAUCGCCUCGAUGCGAAAACGAGGCAAAGACGAGCGUCUCCUGCUGUCCCUCGUCAGCAAGGACAGACUCGAGAAAAUUCUCACGAGAAUGCUGGACGAGACCGAAUUCUUAUCCGAGCACGGUAUCCGAAGCUUAUCCAAAUACCAUGAAGACCACCCCUAUAGCAUGGACGUCAAUGGCCAACGGUUCAAAGUCAGCUACGUUCCAGGAGAUUCAGAUUCGGGCCUGUUCGGCGGCAACUCGAACUGGAGAGGUCCGAUUUGGAUCGCCGUGAAUUUCCUCCUGGUCGAAUCACUGCUUCGAUUUUACAUGUUCUACGGCACCAAUCUGCAAAUUGAAUGUCCUACCGGCUCUGGUGAUUACAUGCACUUGGGUCAUGUAGCCGAAGAACUUCAACAUCGUCUACAGCAUCUUAUGGUUCGAGAUCAUAAGGGCCGUCGCGCUAUCAACGCGGGGAAUGAUACUUUGGACUUCGACCCUCACUGGAAAGACUACCUAUGGUUCUUCGAGUUUUUCGACGGGGAUACUGGUCGUGGCCUCGGCGCUUGUCAUCAAUGUGGCUGGACUGGCUUGAUGGCCAAGAUGAUCCAUGAUACGGGGAUCAAUUGCCGCCUCCCUCAAACUCCACGUACGCCAUCCACCGCUGCAGCCCAUUAUUUCGAUGACACCCUCAGUCGGGGACUGCCGAGAAAGAAUACAUAUGUCGGUACACCUGGACCCGACGGCCUCAAGCCUCCCGGAAGACGGCGAUCAUCGACGUCUCGUUCCAUCGGCAACCGGACCAGUCUAGUCUCCAGUGCCAAUGGUGACCGUAAAUCCACCAUCGCGGUUAGUGAUGCUGACGAAAAUGGCGACAUAUCUUAUUUUGAUAUGAAGCCACAAUCUCAGGUUUCUGAAUCCGACGCAUUUGGACAAGAAGAUGUACUGGAGAAAGCACGCCGCAAAAGUGUCGCCGACACCCAUUACGACAAAUACGUCAGCGAGCAACUCAGCCGAAUCAAGACAGAAGAAAGUAUCGCUGUCUAUGAAGACGAAUUUGAGGCUCAGCUGGACUAA